CUCAUUCCCUGAUAAAGAUGCUUAAAUCAGACAUUGAAAUAUUGAAGCUAAACAAUUUCAAUGUUAACAGUUGAUUGAAUAUAAAUAACUUUAUUUUUCUUACUCCAAAUUUUGGAAGGUCAUCUCAUGCAAUAUUUUGGUUCAAGUAAUGUUAACUAGAAAAGAACGGGCGUGUACAUUUAAGAAUUCACUUUAUCCUUCAUUUCAUUUUAAUUAGAUAUCUCCACAUGCAAUUUUGGUAAUUUUUAAUCAACAGCUAUAUUGCUCUGACAAAUAGAGAUUUAUGCAGGAUAGUAUCAAACGCACUACAGUACAGUUCACUAAUAUAUAUACAUCUAAUACGCUGGUGCCUGUAUGUCUGUCUUCAGAAGGUUGUCAGUACAUGAGAAUUAUUUUAUCAUUUCCAAAUAGACAGUUAUUUCAUCCCGUGCCAUAAUUUGAUUGAAAUUUUCUCCGAGGCAGGGCUUACCUCUUUCGUAAGUGUCUAUCGAGCUGCUGUCAUCGUCUACAUUUUCCCAGAAAGACUCGCCACCUGAGCACGUAAACGAAGGCGUGUCAUUCACAUGGGUAUUUCCUGGUCACUGAUAUAAACAUACGGUUCCAGAACUGGCAAGAGCAUUUUGAGAGCCAGAACGAAAGGAGCAGAUCUAGAACAACAAGGAGCCAAAAUGACUUAUUUUGCUGGUGUUUUACUUUUACUGCUUACCGGGAUCGUGGUUACGUCGGCGCAGGGGAGAGGAAAAAGAGGUGAUCGGGGAAGGUAUUCCAGGAGCAGACAAGGGAAUCCGGGGAAUCAACCAAACUGCACAAGAAGUUGUGAAUGUCAAGCAUGCGGCGACCCCCACUUUACGUCAUGUGAUGGUCAGAGGUUCUCAUAUCAAGGGAAUGAUGGAAACAACUUCAUGGCCGAGCAGUGCACUGGGCAAAAGCAAUUCUCCAUACAGUUCCGCACAAUACCGUCAAACUCCAACAGACGCGUUAUCAACAAUGUCACAGUCUUUCUGCAUAGGCCGUAUGAUGCUACUGGGAGUUGGCCGACUAAGAGGGUCGACAUAGAAGCAACCAGAGAUCCAGAUGAUGCGAUCGUAAAGAUUAAUAAUGCCGUAACGACACUUCCUGAUAAUGUUAUGAGUGGCAACCAUCUUCGUGCGGUGCUCAAAAUUGUUGAUCGUGAUUCGUUCACCAAGUGCGUGGAAGUCAGCACCCCCUGGGGCUUGGUGGUGACUGCCUGCGUAGCUCAUUUCCCAUACCGAUGCCUCUUCGUGUCCUUUCCCCCUGUGUUAGGGUGUGGCAACAUUUGCGGGCAGUGUGCAAAUUACAACGGCUACAGUGCGGACGACUGCACCCAUUAUAAUCAAAAAUGUUGGAAGGAUGAUGACAAAAAUGGAAACCGAGGAUAAAUCGAAUAACUAAGCUCGGAAAGCGUACACGUGGAGCGAAAGUCCAGGAUGUAGCCUCUCUACUCAAGCAUACCGUUAGGCGAUACGGAAUUAAGCUUUGUGCUCCUCACAUUUGACAAUCUUCGGUCUAAUCCUAUGUUCAACAUCGAAUCAGGACUUGUGCUCCUCACUUCGGGAACCUUCGGUCAAACCCUACCUUCGACAUGAAAUCAUCAGAGACUGUUAACGCUAAACAAGACCUUGUUUUGAGAAACUAUACUUUGAAUUACAGUGCACGUACUCGUCCUAUAUGGCUUACUCUCGGUACACGUACCGUAAACUGCAGCUGUAUAUAAAUGAUCUCAGAUACGAGUACGUUUCUUUUUUCAAAUAUCGAUCAAUUUUUCUGUCAUUUAUUGGAAUGUUAAAGUGUACAUAAUAUUUUUGGUUCUUACUAGGUGUAGUCAAGCCCAGUCAAGAUUUUUUUUCAGAUUUUUCA